AUGACAUCAAGUCGUUAUGAAAUUGAUGAUGAAAUAUAUAUAACUAAUCUAUUAACAAAUGAAGAUAUUCCUUCAUUUGUUAAAUAUCUUAAUAAUCCAACAAUAUAUACUAAUACACUGAAAAUACCAUAUCCAUAUUCAACAAAUGAUGGUGAAGAUUUUAUUAAAUUUCUCAAAUCGGAAUCAUUAAAUUCAACACGUUUUUUUACUAUUCGUUUACAGGCUAAUAAUGAAUUAAUAGGUGCAUGUGGUUUACAUCGUUCGGUUAAAAAUGAAAGGAGAACAGAAAUUGGAUAUUGGUUAGGUGAACCAUAUUGGCAUCGUGGUUUAAUGCCUAAAGUUAUAAAAAAAGUAAUUGAAAUAGGAAAAAAUGAAUGGAAAAAUUUAGUUCGAAUUGAAGCACAAAUAUUUCAUUGGAAUAAAGCAUCAAUGCGAGUUGUAGAAAAAUGUGGUUUUACAUUUGAAGGAAUAUUACGUAAACGUGUGCAUAAAAAUGGGCAAGAUAUUGAUGUACAUUCAUAUGCAUUGAUUCUUGAAUAA